UCUAGCCAGGGGAAAUUUCGGAAAUGGUCUUGAAGAUCCUCCCAUUCUCAUGCAGUAAGAAUACAUAUGCUCAGAGAUGAAUAGGAAACAGAUGUCGAAUGCAUUGGUCAGCCCAUUUCCCUGAAAAAAUUGUGUAUCCAGUGUCUUCAGUAGAAUAGGAUGUUCUCAAGAAUUGAAUCUGUCGAGCAUGCUAUACCAUCAAACAUACCAUGCUUACAUUCAUCUGCAACAUGAAAUUUUUUAUUUUCAGAUUCGCACAUGUUCUGUAGAAUUUAUAAAAUGUUCUAUACUUCAUAUAGGCAAAUACAUUUUGAAACAUUUGGUUAAAAAUAGCUGCUGAGAACAUUUUAAUCAUUGAAAAUACUACCUCUCUGUAUUUACAAUGAUAGGGUGACUCAAUUUGAAUAUGCACUCGUUAGAAGCAGCAUUUACAAUUCUUAGAAACCGCUCUGGCCACAAAUAUUUCGAAAAUAUUCUCAGGUCAUUCUGAUGUCUUUCAAUUCCUUUAUUUCCUAAAUUCUGGAACCCCCUGUAAAUAUAAAUAAAUAUUUGAAAUUUCCCUGAGUUUCAGAUGUUUUGUCAUAGAUAUUCUGUGAAUUUAUUUGUUCUAUUUUUCCAGAUGCUGAUUAUGUAUACCUUUGUUGGGAUUUUGGCAAAUACAACGACUGUAAUGAACCUGGAGAUGGGACUCAAAGCAAACACAUUCGAGUUCACUAACAAGACUUGUAACGAUUUCAUGUUAUAUGAUUUGUAUGUUCCUUUUACUACUGAUACCAAAUGGAAAUGCAUUGCAGCUGCUACUUUCUUCAAUGCAGGGUUCGAAGUUAUAGCUUUUAUUCACGCAAAACCCUCAAUAUCCCGUACAAUAGUCGGUCCCAACAACACUUGUCAUGAUUCUUCAAAAUUGCUCAAACAUUCAUAUAUAAAUAUUCACGAUGAAGACAAUCCUUUACUGGAAGAAGAGUUAUAUAGGCAAUUAAAACUGUAUACGGAACAUCUAAAAAUGCUUCUGAGGAUGCGAGAUGAAAUUGAAUACAUGUUCACAUAUGUUUUACUCAUACAAAUUCUAGCUUCAUUAUUCACCUACGCUUCUUGUUUGUACUUUGCAUUUGCG